CAGUCUUACUAAGCGGAGCGAUACGGUAAUAGUUUACAAAUAAAUAAUUACGUGUGAUAAUUAACAGUAGCAUAGUUCUAAUUGAUAGGCAGAUGUGACACCCUCGAAUAGUAAACCAACGCAUCCACGAGAGCUGCUUGCCCAUUGCCCAGAGCGUUGAGAAGAGCGAGCUGCCACUCAUCAUGAUCCUCAUCAUCAUCAUCUCGUGUAACCCUUCACCCCCCCGCCCUCCUCUCUUCACAAUGCUUCUCUUGCCCAGCACCCACCUCCCCGCUACCUCCUGCCUCUUCUUUCACCACCCCACGCUGAGUAAUCACGAGUAACAAUCAGGCGCACACACCACACACGCACACACACACAGGUGGUGGCUGAGCAGUGAGCAUCUACGCGGUCACCUGGGCACGCUGAGCGUUUGGGACAAGCAGCCACCACACACAAGCCUGCAGGGUCGAUUCAAGCCACGGGUGACUCAAGCCAGCGGUGGUGACUCAACUGAGGGCUGACUCAAGCCAGAUCCGACUCAAGCCAAGGCUGACUUAAGCCAGAGGUGACUCAAGCCAGGGGUGACUCAAGCCACGGCCGAUUCAAGCCCAAGGCGGAUUAAAGCCAGGGCUGACUUAACCCAGGGCUGACUCAAGCCAGGUUUGAUCCAAGCCAGGGCUGACUCAAGCCACAGCGGACUCAAGCCAGGGCUGACUCAAGCCAGGUUUGAUCCAAGCCAGGGGUGACUCAAGUGAGGGUUGACACAGUGGCCCCACCACGCAGCCGAUGAAGCAGGGAGCAUCACCACCCAUAGAGGCGAUGCAGCGUGGUUGAAGGGAGACGCCACACAACAUCACGCCGACACGGUCGCCGGACGGGGGAGACAUUCGCGGAGGCAUGGACAAGUACGAGAAGCUGGGGAAGGUGGGAGAGGGCUCGUACGGCGUGGUGUUCAAGUGCCGGCAGCGGGACACGCAGCAGCUGGUCGCCGUCAAGAGGUUCAUGGAGUCGGACGACGAUUUGGUCAUCCGCAAGAUCGCGAUACGGGAGAUCAGAAUGCUGAAGACCCUCAAGCAUCCGAACCUCGUGAACCUCCUGGAGGUGUUCAGGAGGAAGCGCCGGAUCCACCUGGUGUUUGAGUUUUGCGAGAACACUGUUCUGAGUGAGCUGGAGCGCCAUCCUCGUGGGCUCCCUGACGCACACGUGAGGAGGUACACGUGGCAGAUUCUGCAGGCUGUGAAUUACUGCCACAAGCACAACUGCAUCCACAGAGACGUGAAACCGGAGAACAUUCUCAUCACUAAACACGGCGUCGUCAAGCUGUGUGACUUUGGAUUUGCCAGAUUGCUGACGGGCCAGGAGGACCGCUACACGGACUACGUGGCCACGCGCUGGUACCGCGCGCCGGAGCUGCUGGUCGGGGACACGCAGUACGGCCCGGCCGUCGACGUGUGGGCCGCCGGGUGCGUCUUCGCCGAGAUGCUGUGCGGAAACGCCCUGUGGCCCGGCAACUCGGACCUGCACCAGCUGCAUCUCAUCACCAAGACCCUGGGAGAUCUCAUACCAUGGCAUAAGCAAGUCUUCAUGUCGAACCAGUUUUUCAGCGGGGUCUCCAUCCCUGAACCCGUCAAAUUGGAGCCCCUUGAGGAGAGAUUCCCACGGAUUUCUGCACCCAGUCUUAGCCUCAUGAAGAGCUGCUUGAAAAUGGACCCCGCGGCACGGCUGACGACCGCGGGCCUGCUGGAGCAGGCGUACUUCGACGGCUGCCGUGAGGACUUCGACAGGGGCAGGGACGAGGCGGAGCGAGGGACCCACAAGGGAGACCGGGUCACACGCCGGGGACCCGCGAUACAGCCUCUACCGCAGCUGAUGGGAAACAAUCCUGUCUUACCCGUGCCAGAAAGCCGCAAAUAUUUCCGCUCCAAGUACAACCACCUUCCCAACAUCGGCGCGCCUUACAGAGACGGUCACUUUGGUGGCCUGCGUUAACUUUAAAAGUUCGAAAUAAUGAUUUGCCAAGAGAGGAAACCUCCCCAUAAACAAACGGCCCCCCUAUUUGAUUCAAAGAAGCAAUGGUAAUUCGAAGAGAUUUAAGUCCGCAUUAUUAUUUCCCCAUUAUUUGGAUGACCAAUGAUCAGAAAAUAAUUAGAAUGUAUGAAUGUGCAUUUUUAUAAUUAUGCUCUGAAAUUGCCGAGAUGACGUACGUACUAUAAUAUUGUAUCGAUGUGCUACUGAUUGAAAUGACUUUAUCUAACCAAAGGAAUCUAGCAUCUGCAGUGUGAUCUAUAAUUGAGUCUAAUCAAUGGUUACAAUAAUCACACACACAGAGCAGCUGGCCUUUUUCAAAGUUCAAAGGUUGCAUAUGUUGACGUUAAAUGCAGUGCCACAACAGAGAGAAUUUCGGUUUGUAGCCAGCUCAGAGCCAUAAGCAAUAGAAACGAUUCUUCGCGAUGUGAUCCAUUUAUUCAUCGAGUGACGGCCGGGGAUGAAUACAAACCACCCACAGCACCGCCUUUGUCUCUAAAAGACUGAAGCGUUAUAACGGGCGCAUUCUGCUUUAUAACGGAGGCAUUCCGCAUUGCGCUAAAAGUGCUCCCAUUUGGGUUGAUACCUAGGAAGUGCCCGUGUCGCUUUUGUAUAUUAUUGAUUUUUGAUUCAUUUGGUUUUACUUACAACCGUUUACUAUGUACGCCCAUGCAAUUAAACAUAUAGGCUAUGAAUA